GUGGUUGAAUAUCCCUACCACCACCCUCCAGAAACUUCCAUUUAAUUACGUUAGAUUGCAUUUUCCACAAAGUCUAUAGACAGUUGGUUAAUGACCACCCAAGAGAUACCGCAGGAGCUUACAGUGGUGUUAGCCGCAUUACCCCUCAUCAAAUUACACUGCACUGUAUUCUGUUCACUUGUGGCCUUAGUCCAGUGUUGCUGCUGUACUAGGCACACAACAUUUGUUUAUUACUAUGUUCAAUAUUCAUGUUACUCCAGCUUACACCAUGAAUAUUUAGGCCGUUUGGUUUUCAGGUCCCUUAAAUUGAAGGAUUAUCUGUCGUGAUCAUACAUGCCGAUCGUUUCAAUUUCUGCUUAGUGUGCCAAGUGGUCUUUAUGUAUUCUGAGUUUAAGACGAGGAAUGUAGGUGCUAGGGCUGAAUGUGGAUGUGCUAAUUAAGUUUUGCUCUGUCUCAUGUUGAAUCUCCGCGCUCACAUGAACUGCCCUGCAGUAUUCAGCCAGCCUUCCCAUAUUACAGCGCUAAUGAGGAAGCUAUUUAAAAUUCUCUUCGCAGGAUAUUUGUGUAAUGCAUUGUUCCACAGCAGGGUUUUGCAAACCGUUCAACCAAGUAGUCGUACAUGUGUUGAAGUGCACUGCUGAUGACUGCCUCUGCAUUCACAUCGCUUUUGUUUAUUCAUUUGUUGGCAUGAUAUGAUUGUUGGAGAGAUGCUUUAAAGUCUAGCUGGGUUUUCACCAAACACUGGGAUGUUUGAAGAGAACAGCAGGAGAGAGUUGUGUAAUAUAGUGUAGUGUCCAUUUGUUGUUAAGGGCUGUGAGUUCCAAACAUGGGUUCUUUUGAAGGAGAAGGUUCUAAAUGUGAGGAUUAAACAAGUUUACUUUGAAGUAUAUCUAAGGAAAGUGAAUAUAGUUUGGUUUUGGACCUUAGGUCCGACAAAACAAGGCUUCAUCUCGGGUUAAGGUUACCUUUUCCUAAGUGAUCGAAAAGAAAAUGACUAGGAGAAUAAUGAAUAUUUUUAAAUAUUUGUUGUUGCAGCCCUAAUCAAUAACUAUGUUUUUGAGGUUAAAGGAGGAUGGACAGAGGGAUAUAGACACAUACAUUGGGAACAAUACCCACAUUUAUGUAAUUAUUUGUAGAUCUGUAAAAGUUAGUGGAGAAAUGAUAGACAGAAAAGUCAUCAGUAACUAGUGUACUUUACUUUAUAUCAUUAAUUUGGCAAAAAUAUGAAUUGGUUUCCGUUUCUCAAUUGUGAAGAUCGUCUGUGAUGACUCGGUGUAUAUCUUAUGGUUUUCGACUUUUUCUGGUGAAAAACUAGCAUUGUUCCCCUGUCUGUAUACACGCUGGGGCAUGUGUCGCUAUUUUCAGAAAUGUUAUAGACUCAACGACAGGCAGAUUAGUUGCAGCCCUAUUUAGUAAUGUUAGAUAACAUUUGCAACCUGAUGAAGCAUGUUGAUGAAGGAGUACUUCAUACCAAAAUAAGGCACUACUGCUUUAGUGGUAACUCGUCAUAAAAGCAUGCUGAUGUUUACAAAAAGGCUGAAAACAUUGCUGAGUGCCUGAAGCCUCGUCCCUCAUGCUGUCACCCUGCUGAUAAAGGGUCUGUUGGUUUUUCAACGCUACCGUGCCCUCUUGCCAUUGUUCGAUCAGGUCAGCAUUUAAAUGCCUUUCAGCAGGCAGCGGGUUAAGUGAAGAGGUUGAUCAGAGCUUUUUGCAGGAGCAGUUGAUGUGGAUUUAGUUGGUAAGCCCCCUCCCCUGCAAACCCUAAUACAUCCAUGCAUUCCUGUCCAGUCAUUCUGAUUCACUGGACACCUGUGCAGCUCCAUCACAGGUCUACAUCCCCGCCGUUAAAACUCCUAAAGCAUCCUGGAAAUGAAUUCAAAAGCGCUCCAAAGUGAAAUACUAAUGGCAUGCAAAAACUAAUCUAAAUAUGCUAAUCCCCAAACACUUCAUAAACAUGGACAGCAACAGCCCGCCACCCACUCUCUGUAGUCGCUCGCUCAGGAAUGCUUUAGCCACAGGGGGUCUAGCAGUAAUGACAGGCUUGCGGUGGAUUAAUGUGGAGUUAUUUAUUUCCGAUUGAGCGAGUCCUCCUCCCACUCCUUCCCCAGACCCCCCUUUUUUUGCAGUUAGGCCCAUGACUCCUGGAGAUACUCCGAACGAGUCUUAGACGUUCUUUUAAUGCGGUCCGCCUUGCUAACAUGUCCUGACCACCACCGACAGGCCUCACAUUGGAUUCUGGGAUAUCUCCGGCCCUUUUACCUGCUCUUAGCUAAUUACUUUUUGAGUCGUGCACCCGCUUUAUAAUUGGUCUUGUGCUGCUGCCUCCCUGCGCUGCGCCAAGUGCUAGUUCGAGCACUUUUUCAUUCCCCUCCCCGUGUCGUCCUUAUUCCCCUGUUUUUUAUCGUCCUCCAAAAGCCAUCCAAUUAAUAUGCUAAUGAGAUGAUAAAUAUUUAUAGGGGUUUAAAUUAUGCAGAAAGCUUUCAGAGCUCGGUGUGAAAUGCGUCGCUCGCAGGACUUCAAAGCCUUGCAUUGCUAACGAGGCAGAGGCAGAUUUGCAUACGGCUUUAAUCAGCUGAAUACUGAUUAUGCUUCAUUAUAGAGCCGGGUGGGGGGGGCAGAGUUAGAGGAGGCCGCCAGCUGCACUUGUCGUUUGUUUCAUUCCAGCAAGAGGGAGAGGUUGAACUUUUUCAUAAGUACAGACAAUCUUGGCAAGCGAGAGAGAGGGAGAGAGAGGGAGGGAAAAAGGGAGAGCGGGUGCAAAGUAGGCACUGGUUUGAAAACAACGGAGAGGGGCAGAGCUAUAAGAAAAUAAAGAGAGUGCUAAGAGAGAAGCUGUUUGCCUAAACCCUGUUGGCUUUCCCAGUGGCGUAUCCCAGUGUUGUUCAGUGAACCGUGCGGCGGACAGUGCCACUGUGUCUGUAGUCGCUCCGCUUGUAUUGAACCCGCUGCUGACCAGUGGAGAGUGAAGAGAGGGAGGAGGAACUCGGAGCCGGACGCCCUGUUGGUGGUGUGUUUGCCCGGCAGAAGCACAUUUCCCACGAUAGGCUCCGCAACCAUGCUGGAAAACACAGGUGGAGCAAGAGCGGAUGCUAAAGUGAAUAAUCAGUCAGAAACUACUAAAUGUGCAAUGGAAAGUGGUGACGGGAACACCGGAAUCCAAAUCAAUGGGUUCGACUUUCAGAGGCAGGCGAUGCCUCUCACUAACGCACACGCACAAGCCCUCCUCCAACAGGCUGCAGCACAUUUAAAUAGCAACUUUCACAAUAACUAUUUUAUUCAAAUUCCUAUGCCUGCUCAAAGACUGAAGACUCACUCUCAGUCUAAGUCGGAAGACCCGAGUGCUCUUCCGACCUCCGUCCAGCAGAGCGGUUUGCCUCAAACCCAGCUAAUGUUGGCCGGGGCACAGAUUGCAGGAUUGACCCUGACCCCGGCGCAGCAGCAGAUGUUGAUCCAGCAGGCUCAGGCUCAGCUCCUGGCCGCCGCCAUGCAGCAGUCGGCCAACCAGCAGAACUGCACCACCGGGGCCAGCAUCUCGGCGCAGGCAGCCACGCCCAUUACCCAGCUGUCCCAGCCCAUCCAGAUCGCCUCUCUGCAGCCGCAGAAUCUCAGCAUGCCGCAGUUUGUCCUGCUGCAGCCCGGCCACCCGAUCGCCACGCAGCUGCAGCCCACGCAGUUCAUCAUCUCACAGCCACCGCAUACCCAACAGGGCCUAAUGCAAGCCCAGAGUCUUCUAAAUCAACUACCUCAAAGCCAAGCUAACCUCCUGACGACUCAACCAAGCAUCACCCUCACAACUCAGCCUGCCACUCCAACCCGCACAACUGCAGCCACACCGAUCCUGUCCCUGCCCCACAGUCAGACCACCCCCAAACGGAUGGACACCCCGACUCUGGAGGAGCCCAGCGAUCUGGAGGAACUGGAACAGUUUGCCAAGACCUUCAAACAGAGGCGCAUCAAACUGGGCUUCACGCAGGGGGAUGUUGGCCUGGCCAUGGGGAAGCUGUACGGAAACGACUUCAGCCAAACUACCAUUUCUCGCUUUGAGGCCUUGAACCUGAGCUUUAAGAACAUGUGCAAACUCAAGCCAUUGUUGGAGAAGUGGCUCAACGAUGCAGUUUGUGCAGAGAACCUGACAUCGGACCAGUCCCUGUCCAGCCCCAACGCGCUGGGCUCCCCGGGGAUGGGCAUCGAGGGGAUCAACCGCAGACGGAAGAAGAGGACUAGCAUCGAGACCAACAUCCGAGUGGCCUUAGAAAAUAGCUUUCUGGAGCAGAACCAAAAACCUACCUCUGAAGAGAUCACCAUGAUCGCUGACCAGCUCAACAUGGAGAAGGAGGUGAUCCGGGUCUGGUUCUGCAACCGCCGGCAGAAGGAGAAGAGGAUCAACCCCCCCAGCAGCGGCAUGGGAGGAGGCGCCAUUAAAACCCUCUUUACCCCCAGUAGCCCCAUGGUGGCCAGCACAGCAAGCCUUGUGAACAGUCCCUCUAUUAACACAUCCACCACUCUGACUGUAAGCCCAAUGAUGCCUCUCACCAGCACCAGCGUCGCCAAUUUGUCUUUCACAGGCACGAACACGGCAUCAGUCAUCUCCACUGCACCCAUAUUUACUACAGCCUGCUCUCCAUCUUUGAGCCCGUCGCCAACGACUAUUCAGUCUAUGAAAGCAGAGAGCAAGGGCCACACCAUCAUCCAGGCCCCCACAUCCAUCGCCUCUCUGGGGGGGGGUCAGCUGAUGGUGUCGGCCUCCAGUCUCUCGGCCGCGCUGCAGCAGGCUCAGUUACCCAGCAGCUUCGCCGCCAUGGCUGCUGCCGCCGCGGGGCUCAACCCGGGACUCAUGGCCUCCUCUCAGUUCGCUCCUGGCGGGGCCCUGCUCAGUCUGACUUCUGGAGGCCUUGGCGGUGCGCUGAAUCCGGCCCUCAUGAGCAACAGCACCUUGGCUACCAUCCAAGGUGUGUAUCAAUCUCUGGCCUCCAGUCAGAUCCCCAUCACGUCUCUGGACGGCAGCAACCUUCUGUUCGCCAACACGUCUGGCGGCACACCGCUCUUCCUGAACCCCCAGAACCUGUCGCUGCUCACCAGUAACCCCGUCAGCCUGAUGCCGGGGGUAGGGGGGCUGCAGCUGACCUCCGACCCCCACCUUCAAGCCUCUGUGGCUGCUGUGCCUGUGCAAAACUCCACCAUCACCGCUGCCUCCAAGGCUCAGUGAAGCCCGGCUGCAUACCGUCUGUUUCUCUCGUCAGGGCGUCUGAGAUCAGCGCUCCACUAACCAACCCCACAUUCUUUGUAUUGUAUCUAUCAUUAUUUAAUCCUUUUGCUGCCACCAAAAAGAAAACAACCCCAAGUGAGGUUGAGGUUGACUUUUUAAAUUUUUGUUUCUUUUUUGAUUCUUGGAUGUUUUUUUUCCAACAAACAUUCGCUGUUGUUGGCCUGCCGCUCAUCAUGAACCUUGACAAAGUGACCGGGAGGAUGAAAUAUCCCCGGCACGAUCAAGCCGUUCACAUUGUGUGUGUGUGUGUGUGUGUAUAUAAAUAUAUAUCCUCCUAUUUCCAGGUCAGAAUUUCUCUGAAACACUUCUAACCAAAAACGUUUUGGAUUUUUCUCUUUUAACAUUCAAACUGAUUUACUACUAAUAUUCAUCAUCACUAACGGGGAUUUGUGUGUCACCCCACCUUUUAAUUAUCUCUUUUGAGUUUUUUUGGACAGGCCUUGACGCAAAUCAUAUCAAAGUUAUAUUGUAGAGAUUUUCUUUUCCCUUUCUUUUCUGUAUUUUUUAACAUUUUCAGAACUUUGUAAGUCUAAUAUUAAGUUAACUAUCAAUUUGUAAUCAUGGUUAUACGGCUUUAAAAACAAGUAAUAAGUGGCCGAUAUAAAGGUUAUCAUUGCUUUAAGGAUCAGAGGGACAAGACGUGUCUCUCUGAGUCUCUCUUUCUGGAAACACUGAGUUUUACAUUUUGCUGCGGAGCGAAGUAGCCCCAAAGCUUUUUGUAAAAUCACCGUCUCGGUGCGGAUUACAGACACUGAUAGAAAAUGACUGAAAACAUUGCGUUGAAAGCUUUAUAAAGAGCUGCGGACAUGCAGUCCCGUGUCGGAUUUAAGGGUGAUUUGUUUUGGAUGGUGGUCUAUUGGAAAACUGUACAUUACGUUUGGAUUAGGAGGUAGGAAAUAGACGUCUGCAUGUGUUGUCUCCAGAGAGUUCAGUUCCUGCAUGAUCCACGCGGCUCUGCGGCUGACUGCUCUGUCGUUGGGAGAUUAGUCAGGGCAUGGGCAUCAUACCAAAUGUAUGCUGGCAUUGGCUAGAUGGGGUUAUUGUGUUUUUGUUUUAUUUUUAUUUUCUUAAUAGUAGUACCGUCGUAUCUACUUGUGCACAGUAUCUGUACCAAAAAACUGGAUUGAUGAGCUGCAGUCUGCCUGUUUGGGGAGGAAUGAAAUUCUGUCUUUCUCUGUCUGCAGUCACUUGACUGGCUUCGUACUUUAAGAUAUACCAAAAAUAUUUGUUAAAAUAAUUGCUGUGUGUACUCGGUGUAGCUUAGUCUAGUCGAUAUAUUUAUGAGUACAGAAUUUCUCUUCAUUGUCAACAGAAUAUAGAAAUGCAAUAUUUUGAUGAUCAUUUUCCAAAGAUGACCUUUUUUUUAAUUUGACAAAGUGUCUCAUCGCUCAACUUAAAAAAUUGGCAGCACAAACUGACCAAAAACAGACGGAUUGGCGGGAUGGGGCACAAGAAAAUGUUCGUUUUGACUCAUUUUGAAUGGUUUUUUUUAUCACCGGGGCCUCGCCCCUAACGCCUGAUCCUGGUUCUCCUUCAGCCAUUUGAUGGCUUAGUUUUCCUUUAUCUUUAUUGGCCAUUUUGGUAGCAGUUUUGGACUUUUCUGAAGCAAAGUGGAAAGGUUCUGUUUUUUGGUUUUGUACUAAUAUUCAGCCAUAAAACAACAGCUUGAACCAAAGUGGUUUUCCUCAGUAGUUGCCCUACGCUUCACACUGCUGACAAAUUAUUUCCCACUCUCUGCCUCGGUUAAUACCGGAUAGUCCUUAUUUGGUUCUGCUAGAUAAGGAUCACAGAAACCUAGCUUUAACAACUUGCUGCUGGAGCUGAGCUGGUUAGAGGCCUGCAUGCUCUCCUAUAGCUUUAUGAAUACACCCUGUGAGAUCAGGCCUGCCCUCUGGAGGGCUCACUUUUAUGUAAAUGCUGAGAUCGGAUCAUCAGUCACACACCACACUCCCUCUCAGCAUCGCCAUUUUUGAACCAGCACGCUAUGAAACGAUAUGCUGCUCCCUAAAUCUGUCUGCGGACUCGUUUUAAAACCUGCCAAAUGAUCUUACUCAACACAGUGUUGGGCUAAGUACUGUUAUGUGCUACACAUUCAACUGAACCCCACGUAAAAAAGUAGCAUUGUUCUACAAAAUGAGUUACCACAGCGUUGUUAGAUCGCUGAGGUUGUAGGCAGUGAAGUUUGUCCAUGUUUUCCUCUUGUGUACUUCUUUUCUUUUGAAUUACUUUGACUGAAUAUACCUCAGCAGCACUUAACAUAAGGUUCACCUUUAGACAUUUCUGUGUAUAGAACAGUGUAGAAUGUAUAAGUACCAUUCAAAGUUUAUACUGAUGAACCAAACAUAGGAAAGGACAACCUACUACUGCUAUUUUCUAGUACUACUAUUUAUGGGGUAUUUCCAGGUUUGAAUAUUAUUUUGAGAUCCUUCUUGCCAAAGGACAAGCCUUUCUCUUUGCAGCUGGGCGGGUGUCUGGCUGCUCACGUCGCUGGUUCCCCGUCUUCGAGGACUCGGUCCUGUUACCGUGCUGUUUGUAGUUACUAAAGAGUUGAACAUGUUGCAAGAUGAACCAGUUGCCAUCGGCACCAUAGGAUGUUACUGAAAUAUUUAUCUGAGGAAAGAAUUAGAGAAACAAUCUUUUCUUAAUUCUAUACAUAUAAAUAUAUAUAUAAACACGUGUAAGAUAUUCAUAUUUUAUAUUUGAACCAGUAUGUUAUCAAGACUGAAUGUAGUGUUUAUCAUUCUUACCCGAGAAAAAAACUCCCCUAAAUCCUCCUUUUCUAUUAUUGCAAAAUAACGAUUUUUCUUUUUUUUAACUGACAAGACCAAAAAAUAAGAAAUCUGAGAUCACGCCUCGUGUGUUUGCUCGGACACUCCUGACUCUGAUCUUAAUCUUUUAAUAGAUUUGUUUUUGUUUGAGUCACAUGGACUUGAUUUGUUGUGCUGUCUUUAACAAUCAUUUGAUUUUUUUACUUUAUGCCUUUUAAUUGUUUUGUAUAGUGUGAGGGCAAGAUCACUGGCUUUCUUAGUUUGACAAAGAAGAUUAACAUUAUCAUUUAUGCCUUAUUGUUACGUAGAAGACAUGAGCAUUGUAGCAUUGUUGUGUGUGUGUGUGUGUGAGAGAGCUUUUGAGCUCACCAGGUGCACCGUUUUCACUGAAACAAAGCAGUGCACUCUGGGCAUUUUGGAGAGUGGGAUGAUUAUGUUGCGACCUUUGCUUUUAGGUGUGACUCAGACAGGUUAAAGAUACCUGUGAGAAAAGCUUUACUAAUAAUUCCAGCAGGUGGAUGUGAGUGUGUGUGUGAGUGUGUCUUUUAAAGAGAGAAUAGCGAGUAGUCUGCAAACCAUUAUGGUGCAUUUGAUCCAUCUUCCAGUGGGUUUUUGGGGGUGAUUUUCUUUAAAAAUGGUUAGACAUGAAGAGUACUUUUUUUGUUGGUCCAUACUGGGGUCUUUACCGAUAUCUAAAGCCUAAAAGCAAGCCAGUUAAAGAAAAAAAACUACAGUUUGGGGUCAUUGUGAGUGUUUUAUCUAUUAAUGAUCUUAUCUACUGUCAACUAAAGUUUUUCUUUGCCACUGGCUCUGCUUUGAUGCUGUAGUUUCAUAACGUGAUCUCCAGAUUUCAAGUUGCUCUUGUGGAUCAGCCGUGCAUCAAGUUGUAGUUUGUUGAACCCACCACACUGGUUUGCUGGUUUUUAUCGUUGACAAAGGAAGUGUGGAGCACCAGUUAAGGCAAAAGGAGCUGUUGUAUACCUCAUUUCUAACUCGAGACUGAGUGAAACCUGCUUUAAUCUACUUAAGAAAUAUAAAAUAUUAUUAAAAAAAUCACAAAAAAAGAAUAAAAUACAGAAACUGUGUCAGUGGAGAAGCCCGUUUAUACUGUACUUGUGAAGGGUUGUGGAAAGUCGCACCACAAGAGGGAGACAAAAUACAUACCUGUACUCAUGAAUGUCUUCUGUUUUUUCUUUUUCACAAUUUGGUGUUUUUUAUGCUGCACACUGAUGUAUUUUUCAGCCUUUUAUGGAAUUGGUUUGUUGUAACUUGAGAUUUAUUUUAGCGUAUUAUAUUCCUCUGAAAAGUUACUUUGAAUAGACGACCCCCUCCACAUUUGAACACUUUAAGUUUGACAAUCCUGUUUUCUAUUUAAUUUUUUUUUUUCACUCUGACUAAGUGCAGGUAUGUACGUGUCUCCCCACAUGACCCGCUCUCCUGUGGUACCAACAAUAACCAAAGACUUCUAACUUGAUUGUAAACGAAACAACGCCCGUCUCUCGGCCCAUCCCCGCCUCACUGCUCAGAUCAAAUCCCGGCUGCACGCUCUCCCCCGAGUCCGCUAUUCAUUUGCUUUUUACUGCAUGUGAAUGUGUACCCGCCCCGAAAAAACACCCUGCGGUUUCAGUGCCUGUGGGCGGGGAUCGGAGGUGGGACGGGGGGUCGAAAAGGGGCCGAACGGGCUUCUCCCACAGACACAAUCUGGUGGUAGCUGGGUGAUGUUUGUUAAUACACACUGAGGGUUAAUCCUGUGCACACUGUACAUGCUCAGGACUGUAUGUUUGUUGUUAUGUUUCCCCGUCCACUCUUUCUCUCUCUCUCAAGGACUGCGGUGAAACUGCUCUUCCUGCCUCUGUCUCUUCCUCAUCACACUGUAUAGUCCCAGGACAUUUUACCCUGUUGUCUCCAGGAAUACACAUCCUAAACUCACUGCUGUGUCCCCUCCUCCCUCCUCCUCUUCUGCUUCCUCCUUUGCCAUCGUCUCUUCACUACAGACUCUGAUCCGCUGUGACACUAUGCAUCAUGGUCCUGUCACUCUGCAUGGACUGUGUCCCAGUGACACUUUGUUUAAGGCUUUACUCCGAGUGAGGUUUGAAGGACCUCACAAGCGCUAUCCCAAAGCAAAAAUCCAAAUAUUUAACUUUUGACAAAUGCAGAUACCAAAGAUAUCUCUCUGUCCUGUGUCUUUCUCUGUCCUUCUCUCCCUUCCACCCUACAGCAUGUGUAUUAAGAGACAAACCCAGCACUGGCUUUAGUCCUAGCCUCAGUGAUUCCAAAGCUUAGAUGUAUAUUUUGGUAUAUUUCUGAGAAAAUCUUGUGUGAAAAGUUUCUCGUUUGUUUGUUGUAAUCUCUUUUUUUUCUGUCACAGCAUGGAACUAAUUGCAGAACUGUCUUACUCUUGGUAGGUUAAAGAUAUAGUAUUUUUGUAUGUUUUUUGGGUGUGUUAUGUGUGUGUGACCAUGGCUUUCAACAAGAUAGGAAAAAUGAGAAAACCAAAAAAAAAAUGCCAACCAUGUACAUAAUAUGUUUGUGUAUCUCAAGAACUGCAUUACGUAAAACAUUUACUACUCGCGUUGGAAAGCUUGGGCUCAUCUAAAGGAAUGUGUCCCUGAUUUAUUUACCUGUUUCUUACUCUGCCGUCUGAUAAUACUUGUCGUUCCAGGACUCUAAUUUAAGGAGUCCUGAUUUCCAUCAUGGACAAAAACUCUGUGAGAAACUGCUCUGAUUUGACUACAAGGAAAAAAACAACUACAAAUACUGCCGUAAAGUACGGCGUAGAACUGAAAGGUUGUGUAGGAGUUUUAAGUAUGUGAAUCAGGAUACAUAGUAGAUUUUGAUGCAUUUAUCUGCUGUAUUUUUGUUUGUUUUGUUUUUAUACACAUAUAAAAAUAAUCUUUUACUGUAAAUGUACAGUUCUCUUUUGUUGUAAACAUCAUUAAACCAUUUUCCAAGUGU